AUGGCUCCCAGUUUGAGCAAAGCUAGUUCAAAUGCCAUUGUUCUUGCAAAUGGAUACAACAAUUCAUCAAUUAUAUUAGAUGAAUCAAAUUUCAUUGUACAUGAUGAUCAUGUGUUUCUCUCUGAAGUUCCAUCCAAUAUAAUUGCUACACCAUCGCCCUACACUUCCGCCGCCGCCGCCGGAGAUAAACCAGCUGCAACAACCUCGGGAUGCUUCGUCGGGUUCGACUCGAAAGAACCCAGAAGCCAUCAUGUUGUUCCUAUAGGGAAGCUGAAGGAUAUCAGAUUCAUGUCGAUUUUCAGGUUCAAAGUCUGGUGGACUACCCACUGGAUUGGAACCAACGGUCGAGAUCUUGAACACGAAACCCAGAUGGUGAUUCUUGAUAAAUCAGAAGAUGGAAGGAGGCCUUAUGUUCUUCUUCUUCCAAUGUUGGAAGGCCCAUUCCGGGCUUGUCUCCAACCUGGCGAGGAUGAUUACAUCGACCUCUGCGUCGAAAGCGGGUCAACCAAAGUCACCGGAGAAUCAUACCGGAGUGUACUUUACAUGCACGCCGGCGAUGAUCCGUAUAGUCUUGUGAAAGAAGCCAUGAAAGUGGCUCGAGAUCAAUUAGGAACUUUUAAACUUCUUGAAGAAAAGAAUCCACCGGGGAUGGUUGAUAAAUUCGGGUGGUGCACUUGGGAUGCGUUUUACCUGACAGUGCACCCUGACGGAAUUUUGGAAGGUGUCAAGGGUCUGGUCGACGGCGGCGUUCCGCCGGGACUGGUUCUUAUCGACGACGGGUGGCAGUCCGUAAGCCAUGAUGAGGAUCCAAUCUCCUCAGAAGGCAUGAACAGAACAUCAGCAGGUGAGCAAAUGCCAUGCAGGCUAAUAAAAUUCCAAGAAAAUUACAAAUUCAGAGACUAUGAAAGUCCCAAUAAAUCAAAUAAUUCCGGUGGUGCCCCAAAUAAGGGCAUGGGCGCCUUUAUUAGGGACCUCAAGGACACCUUCAAAAGCGUGGACUAUGUGUACGUGUGGCAUGCACUAUGCGGGUACUGGGGCGGGCUUAGACCCGAUGCUUCGGGUCUACCUGAGUCGAAGGUUGUUAAACCAAAACUGACUCCUGGAUUGCAAAAGACCAUGGAGGAUUUGGCAGUCGAUAAGAUUGUGAAUAAUGGAGUUGGACUCGUCCCACCAGAAAUUGUGGAUCGUAUGUACGAAGGUCUACACUCGCAUCUUGAAUCUGUUGGAAUCGAUGGAGUCAAAGUCGAUGUCAUUCAUCUGUUAGAAAUGUUGUGUGAAGAGUAUGGCGGAAGAGUGGAGCUUGCAAAGGCUUACUUCAAAGCCUUAACAUCUUCGGUUAGGAACCAUUUCAAAGGGAAUGGAGUGAUUGCUAGUAUGGAACACUGCAAUGACUUUAUGUACCUUGGAACUGAGGCCAUAGCGCUUGGUCGCGUCGGAGAUGACUUUUGGUGCACAGAUCCUUCUGGUGAUCCAAAUGGCACCUUUUGGCUUCAGGGUUGUCACAUGGUUCAUUGUGCCUACAAUAGCUUGUGGAUGGGCAAUUUCAUUCAACCUGAUUGGGAUAUGUUCCAAUCGACCCAUCCUUGCGCGGAGUUUCAUGCUGCCUCAAGGGCUAUUUCCGGUGGACCUAUCUAUGUUAGCGACUCAGUUGGCAAGCACAAUUUUGACCUUCUUAAGCGAUUAGUGUUGCCCGAUGGCUCGAUCUUGCGCUGCGAUUACUAUGCCCUCCCUACUCGUGAUUGCCUCUUUGAAGACCCCCUCCAUGAUGGGAAGACCAUGCUCAAAAUAUGGAACCUCAAUAAGUACACGGGAGUUCUUGGAGCAUUUAACUGCCAAGGCGGAGGAUGGUCUAGGGAAGAACGACGCAACAAAUGCGCCUCUCAAUACUCACACACAGUUUCUUCCAAGGCCAGCCCCAGUGACAUAGAGUGGAAACAUGGAACAAAACCAACCUCCAUUGAAGGAGUUGAAGUGUUUGCAGUAUACUUUUUCCACGAAAAGAAGCUCGUACUGUCAAAGCCAUCGACCAACAUUGAGUUAUCCCUCGAGCCCUUUAAUUUCGAGCUCUUGACAGUUUCUCCUGUCACGGUUUUAGCCAACAAAUCUGUCCAAUUUGCUCCAAUUGGGCUAGUAAACAUGCUGAAUACCGGUGGUGCUCUUCAAUCAGUCACGUUUGACUACGAUCAUAAUUCAGUUGAAAUUGGAGUGAAAGGAACUGGAGAGAUGAGGGUGUUUGCUUCGGACAGACCGGGAUCCUGCAGAAUCAAUGGCAACGAUGUCGUGUUCAAGUACGAGGAUUAUAUGGUUGUAAUUCAAGUACCAUGGCAAGAUUCCUCUGGAAUUUCUGUCAUUGAGUACUCGUUUUGA